AGCCAUGUGUAGAAACUAAAAACGAAGACAUGCUUAGUAAAGCCACUUCCGGGAACAGGAGAUGGAGGCGGAGACGUAGCUCCCAGACCUACCUGCUAACCUGGGUUUGCCCUCCGUGGCUGGUGAUGGAGAGUCUAACAUCCAAACUCACCGAGAAGCGUGUCCUUUUCACCGUCUCCUUCGUUGUAAGACUGGCUUUGGUCGCUUAUGGAGACUACCAGGACAGGACCAUGGCGGUGAAAUACACUGACAUUGACUACCAUGUGUUCACGGAUGCUGCGAGGUUCAUAACUGAGGGCAGUUCCCCGUACAACAGGUCAACCUACCGUUAUACUCCUCUGCUGGCCUGGCUUCUCACCCCAAAUAUCUACCUCUGCAUGGUUUUUGGAAAGAUCCUCUUCAUUGCAUGUGAUGUGCUGUCAGGACUGGUCAUCUACAGAGUCCUCUGCCUGCGAGGUCUAAGGUCUGAGACUGCAUGCCGUGUUUCUUCUCUGUGGCUUCUCAACCCACUGCCCAUGGGAGUGUCCAGCCGAGGGAAUGCUGAGUCGAUCCUGGCAGCUCUGGUGCUGGGGACAUUACUCUGUAUGGAAGCUCAGCGUCUGACCUGGGCAGCGUUGCUGUAUGGCUUAUCGGUCCAUAUGAAGAUCUACCCUGUUACAUAUGCUCUGCCCAUUGCUCUGACCCUGCGCACAGCAGAAACCAGGGCAGACGAAGACAAAAAGGCCUGGAAGUUCAAGAAGCUUGUUGGCUUUAUUGCCAGUUUCUUCAACCGAGAGCUGCUCCUAUUUGCAAGUGUGGCUGGCGGAGUCUUCUUUCUGCUCACAGCACUCUUCUAUUACAUGUAUGGUUGGCAGUUUCUUUAUGAGACCUAUUUGUACCAUCUGACCAGAAGGGAUAUCAGACACAACUUCUCUCCAUACUUCUAUAUGCUCUACCUUACUGGAGACAGCACGUGGAGCCAAUGGCUCGGCCUGGCAGCAUUUCUGCCGCAGUUCAUCCUGCUGUUGGUAACAUCGUGGGCGUAUCACAAAGACCUGGCCUUCUCCUGUUUCCUGCACACAGCAAUUUUCGUCACCUUCAACAAAGUGUGCACUUCACAGUACUUCCUCUGGUACCUGUGCUUACUUCCUCUGGUCAUCCCUAACCUGAGACUGACAGUCAAACAGGGGUUGGGACUGCUGCUCCUCUGGUUUGCUGGGCAGGGCAUCUGGUUGAGCCCUGCCUACUUCCUGGAGUUUGAAGGCUACAACACCUUCUUAUGGAUCUGGCUUGCCGGGUUGCUCUUCCAGGUCAUCAGCUGCUUCAUCUUGAUCCAGAUCAUAGCCCAUUACAAGCCAACAAAAACUCUGAAAGCUGAAUGAAUCCCAAGUGAAUUGAGAGUGGAAGAAUGUGUCCCUGUGCCUGCAGAUCAUGUACUGCGGAUGCAUGUUUGGAAAAAAAAAAAAGUACUUUGUAAAAAUUUCAAUCUUAAUUACUUUCUCUAGUAAUCUAAAUCACUUUAGCACAGAACACAACCAUUUUCUGAGCGACAAAGGCUCAGUUGGAUUUUCAGUUUUUCCGAGUUAAACCCAUGGAUUAAAUGCUUGCCAUUGUGGGUCAAAACAUUAAAUCCACAGUUUAUCACACAUGACAGAAACUGACUGUUGCCAAGCUUUCUUUAGAUGGAAACUUUGAAGUCUGCUCCACCUGUGGCCAAGUCAUUCAACAAAGGGGAUGCUUGCAGUUUGCUGUCAGGGCAAAACGCCUGCUGUAGAUCAGAGAUCGUGAAGAGUUCAACCCGCAGUCUUAAUAAACAGCUCUGGGUCAAAGUAUUUAACACACCCCUCAGGGAUUCUUUUUUUUUUUUUUUUUGGUGGCAUUUUGCCCUCAUGGUGACAGAAAGCACUUUCUAAAUCCAGAAGGAGAAAUAAUCCAAUUGUAUGCUGCUAGGAAUCCAGAAGCCUUCAGUCUGAGUGUCUCACUUUCAUGUUGACAUUAUUGUUGGUACUUUCAGCACUUGAACCAUGGAUUAGGAUGCACCGAACAGAUUUAACAUUACAAAAUCAGGCAAAAUGUGACCUAAAUUGUGUCAUGUUUUUGUCUUGGCUGGUGUAAAUUGAAGCUGACCUGCAUGUGAGUGGGUAGACAGAACCAAUAUUUGAUAACUGAACAUUAGAAUUUUAUUUUUAAUUUUUACGUUUCAGCAAUGAAUGAACUAACACGAGUGCAUUCCUGAGAAUGCCGUUAUGCAAUUUAAAAUCCUUGGCAAUAUUUUGAAGCUUAUGGUUUAAUCAGUAUUUAUUAUUAACCUUGUGAGAAAACAGACAAGCCUGAUAUUUACAGUCCAGGUCACUAACACAAAAUCCUGUGUCAUGGCAGUUUUUUGGCGUGUGGCUCCUUUCGGCUGCAGUACGCAGCUGCGACCAGCAGGCAGAAGCAUUUGCAAGCAGAAGAGACAGCUUGAGUGUAUAUCCUCACGUAACCCUCGCAGAUUAAUCAGUCAACUGGAGCAUGAACACAACCUAAAACAAACAGUGCUGGCACUGGCUCCAUAAUCUCACUGUACUCUCCCCCUAAUCUCACAUGGAAAUUAUUAGAGCAUUCACUUUAGGCCUGUUGGUUCUGAGCAUGUUUGCUCAUCCUGCCCCAUGGGACUGAUAGUGGAAGUGCAUAAUAAUUAUAAUAUACUGUACUGGCAUUAUGAAUGCUUCAAGAAGUAUGUACUUUGUUUAAAAAAAACAAACCAAAAAGCAGGUAGGGUCAAGUUGGUGGCUUUCCUAAGACAUUUGUCGACAUCACUUUGGUUUUCUGUGUCAGUAAAAUAGCUUGGUUGUGUGUUGCAUAUGUGCAUGCAUAUGUGUGUGAGUCAUGGUCAGCUGCGGCCUGCAUACCUAGUCUAUGAAUCACCAGGUUGUACUCGGUAACCUUUCACUGGCUAGUUGCCCCUGGGCACAUGCAUAAACCAUCUUAUUUUAACACUCACCACCAAAUACCAAAAAUCAGUUAAGAUUACCCUGAUGGGUCUGAUCAAUGAAGAGUACUCGACAGGAGAACAGA